AUGUUUCAGGAAAACAAGCUUCAUCUGCAACAACACAUCUCUUUGGGGUUUCUAAAGCUGCAUCAGUUCCUGCGCAGCAGAGAAAAGGAUAUCUUAAAUGAGCUGCAGGAAGAGGGGAGAGGCCUCAGUGAGGAGAUGGAGCUGAAUCUGAACCAACUUCAAGAGCAGUGUAUGCUGAACAAGGAGACGGUGAGCAUCCAGUCCCGGAUGGAACAACAGAACUCCUUCGACUUUCUCAAAGACAUCACAAAUGUCUUAGAUAGCUUGGAGCAAGGAAUGAGGGUUCUGGCACCCAGCGAACUCAUCAGCAGAAAGCUGAACCUAGGCCAAUACAAAGGUCCUAUGCAGUACAUGAUAUGGAGGAACAUGCAGUACACCCUCUCUCAAGGCUUAUCUCCACUAACUUUGGACCCUAAAGCCCCCCACCCAAAUCUAGUGCUCUCCAAAAGUCGAACCAGUGUGUGGCAUGGUGAGUCAGCCACAAUGCCUGAUGAUCCAGAGAGGUUUGACUCAAGCAUAGCUGUGCUGGGCUCCAAAGGCUUUACAUCUGGAAGGUGGUAGUGGGAAGUAGAAGUAGCAAAGAAGGCAAAAUGGACAUUUGGCGUUGUCAAAGAAUCAAUAAUUCAGAAGGGCAGUUGUCCCCUGACUCCUGAACAAGGAUUCUGGCUUGUAAGACUAAGGAACCAAAGUGGUCUAAAGGCCCUGGAUUUGCCUUCCUGUAGUCUGAAGCUGAAAAGCAGCAUCGAAAAGGUGGGGCUAUACCUGGACUAUGAAGGGGGCCAGUUGUCCUUCUACAGUGCUACAACCAUGAUCCACAUUUAUACCUUUGAUAGCACUUGUACUGAGAAACUUUAUCCUUACUUUUGCCCCUGCCUGAAUGAUGGUGGAGAAAAUAAAGAACCAUUGCAGAUCUUACACCCACAGGAAUGA